AUGAGUACCAAGGCCAAAUCCCGCACUGGAAUCAUUGUUGGGCGAUGUGGAGCCUGCAAAUUUAUGCGACAUAAAUGCCUCGACAACUGCAUUUUCGCACCUUACUUCGAACAUGAUCAAGGAACCGCCAAAUUUGAGACCGUUCAUAAGAUUUUCGGAGCAAGUAAUGUUAAAAAGCUUCUAACGAAUAUUCCGAUCCACAAACGAGCCGAUGCCACUUUUACUUUAUAUUACGAGGCUAGUGCUCGUCUCCAAGAUCCUAUCUAUGGUUGCAUAUCUCAACUCUAUUGUCUCCAAAAUCAGGUCAUAACUCUACAAGCUGAGCUUUCGUCCUUGCAAGCCCAUGUAGCCAUGCAGCCGCCACCUCAGCCGCCACCUCAGCCACCACCUCAGCAAAUUCCGCCGUCUUCUCUGUCAGUGUCGGACUUCCCUUUUGCUGGUGGUGCCACCUCUGACAUGUCACAUCUCGCCGGAGCUCCGGUGGCCAGCGGUGGUGGGGAAGAAUUACUGUUGAAGAAUCAAGGAUCUGACCCAAGCAUGCCACCUGGCCCUAAUUGA